AUGUUCGCGUCCGCGCGUCGCCUGCUGUCCGUCGGCGUGCCCGCCGCCGCGGCCUCCGUGCUCGCCUCGAACCGCGCCGCCUGCGACGAGUCGCGCCUCGCGGCGCUCGAGCGGCGCGUCGCCGCGCUGGAGCAGCCGGCGCGCGCCAACAGCCGGAGCGAUGGCGUCGCGAGCUCCUGGGCCAAGGCCGUGCUCUCGCCCGACGUGCUCUUCAGCGAGCGCGACCUCGAGACGAUGAUCGACUCGCUCGCGGCGCAGAUCACGCGCGACUACGGCGACGAGGAGCUCGUCGUCGUCGGCCUCCUCGACGGCGUCUUCAUGUUCCUCGCGGACCUCUCGCGCAAGAUCGACACGCCGCACACCGUCGACUUCAUCGCCGCGUCGUCCUACGGGCUAGGCACCGUGAGCAGCGGCAACGUGAAGAUCAAGAAGGACUCGUCGUUCCCGCUCGCGGGCAAGCACGUGCUCAUCGUCGACGAGAUGUGCGACUCGGGCCGCACGAUGGCCUCGCUCAAGGAGCUCAUGAAGCAGCGCCAGGUCAAGUCCGUCAAGACCUGCGUGCUCCUCGACAAGGUCUCGCGGCGCACGGAGGACAUCCGCCCGGAUUACGUCGGCGCCGUCUGCCCGGACGAGUUCGUCGUCGGCUACGGCAUGGACUGGGGCGGCAAGUACCGCUCCCUGCCCUUCGUCGGCGUCGUGCGCAAGGAGCUCUACAGCUAG